UGUGUUUGUGUACAUUUUAUUGUUUUUAAAAAUGCAUCAGUUAUAACCGAUACCACUGUCAUUCUUCUGCAUGGGUGGUUGCAGCUUCAUGUACUUCUGAUUGUUGGUUAGAGCAGUACCCCCGUCGUCCGACAGGGGGAGCUCCAGGUCCAUCGUCUCCCACGGCAGCGGCGGCGCGGCAUCGUUAUUUCUAAGGGUUUUUGUUUUUUCUCCGCGUGGGAUACAGCCCGCUAUUCUCAGAGCCGAACAACCGUGGCCUUAUAAAAGGGGCCGUGAAGGCAGCAUCCAGGACACGCUCCCAGGUUACAGGACUGGACGUUUGCUCACACACUUGGAUGUAAAUUUCUGCCACUCGCACUGCGAGCGACCGCGGACGUUUCACUGGAGCGGAGCCUCAGCAGCAGCAUGAAGGCGUCCGCCCUGCUCACCGUCGCCCUGUGUCUGAGCGCCGGGGCUUCUGGGAAGCCACGGUUCCCCGAAAAGGAAAAAGAUCCCGCGUUCUGGAACAAAUGGGCCCAGCGCACGCUGACGAACGCUCUGACGCUGCAAACGCUCAAUCAAAACAUAGCAAAGAACCUCAUCCUCUUCCUCGGAGACGGGAUGGGCGUUCCCACGGUAACGGCGUCUCGCAUCCUGAAGGGUCAGCUGAGCGGGCAGAGCGGCGAAGAGACGCAGCUGGAGAUGGACAAGUUUCCUUUUGUGUCUCUGGCCAAGACGUACAACACCAACGCGCAGGUGCCGGACAGCGCGGGCACAGCCACGGCGUACCUGUGCGGCGUCAAGGCCAACGAGGGCACGGUGGGCGUCAACGCAGCCGCCGUCCGGUCCCAGUGCAACACCACGAGGGGCAACGAGGUCACCUCCAUCCUCAGAUGGGCCAAGGAUGCAGGCAAGUCGGUGGGCAUCGUGACCACGACGCGCGUCAACCACGCCACCCCCAGCGCCGCCUACGCGCACUGCGUGGACCGGGACUGGUACUCCGACGGCGAGAUGCCGGCGGACGCGCUGCAGUCCGGCUGCAAGGACAUCGCCCGGCAGCUCUUCGAGAACAUUCCUGACAUUGAUGUGAUUAUGGGGGGAGGAAGGAAGUACAUGUACCCCAGGAACACCCCGGAUGUGGAGUACCCUGAGGCAGCAAAGCACAACGGCACCCGCAAGGACGGCCGGAACCUGGUGCAGGAGUGGAUGGACCGGACGAAGGAGAAAAGAGGCCAGUACGUGUGGAACAAGAAGCAGCUGUUAUCGCUGAACCCCAACAACGUGGAUUUUUUACUGGGUCUCUUUGAACCCGUGGAUCUGAAUUACGACCUGGAGAGGAACACGGAGACGGAUCCCUCGCUGACGGAGAUGGUGGAGGUCGCCAUCAAGAUCCUGAGGAGGAAUCCCAAUGGGUUCUACCUCCUGGUAGAAGGCGGACGCAUCGACCACGGCCACCACGAGGGGAAAGCCAAGCAGGCCCUGUAUGAGGCUGUGGAAAUGGACCGGGCCAUCGGUUUGGCAGAUCUCCUGACCAGCGUCCACAACACGCUGACCAUCGUUACCGCCGACCACUCCCACGUCUUCAACUUUGGAGGCUACACGGGCCGAGGGAACCCCAUCUUUGGUCUGGCCCCCAUGUUGAGCGACGUGGACCACAAGCCCUACACCUCCAUCUUAUACGGGAACGGCCCCGGCUACAAGGUGGUGAACGGCGCCAGGGAGAACGUUUCCACUGUGAACUACCAGGAAAACAACUACCAGGCCCAGGCGGCGGUACCGCUCACCUCUGAGACCCACGGCGGCGAGGACGUGGCCGUGUUCGCCAAAGGGCCGCUGGCUCACCUGCUGCACGGGGUCCACGAGCAGAACUACAUCCCCCACGUGAUGGCGUACGCCGCCUGCAUCGGCCAGAACCGGGACCACUGCGCGACCGGCGGGGGCCCGGCGGGUCCGCGGCCCGUCCUCGCCAGCGUCGCGGCCCUGCUCACAGCCGCCCGGCUGCUGUGCUGACCUUCCCCACACCGUCGUCCUCCUGCUGUAAAGCGAUUUUAGAUUCAACCUUUUGGUUUCUUUGAAAAACCUGACUUCACUGUUUUGAUGCAUUGUAUCAGUUCUAGGCUAAUCCUGCAGGUGACACGUUAUUAAGCCCCGAACCAGACAAACGCGUGUAAUGUCUGACACGUUCUGUUGAGUGUCAACACUUUAACGCUGAAUCCACUGAUCGGCUGUGCAAAUGUUUGCAUAUGUUUCAUGUUUUAAAUGUGCAGUUGACAGGAUCUACCUCAUAAGUUGUAAUUUGACAAUUUGAACCAGAGGUGAGUGAUUGUAUAAUUGACUGCAGACGGCACUGAAAUCCCGACCAGCACUAUGGAAUCCAAUAAGAGGAAAUGUACAAUUUCUUAGCCGAUGAAUUAAAUGUUUUUUUUUCUGG